GCUAUAACCUCAAAAUUCGAAAUGUCAAAGUGCAGUGUUUACAUUCCUUGCACCGUAAAUUCUAAAUUGUAAUAAUUUUUUACUGAUCAAAGUUAUUACAAAACAGUCUGAACUUUAUAAAGAUAAUUAAAUAUCCCCAUUUAAAUACAUGUAACUUUAACGCAAACAAGAUGUCUAAAGUAACUAAACGGAAGCAUGUAAUGAACGAAGCCUUGUGGGAUGAUUAUGAGUUACCUAAGGCUAACCAAACUAUCGUGAAAGUUGUCAAAAGCAAGGGAAAUAAUCUUCACGAAAUAACAAGUGCUACCGGUGAAGAAUACCUUGUGUCUAUGCCAACUAAAUUCAGAAAAAACAUAUGGGUGAAACGUGGUGACUACAUACUUGUUGAACCUAUACCAGAGGGGGAUAAAGUGAAAGCUGAAAUUGUGAAAAUCAUGAACAAAGACUCUAUAAAAUAUUAUAAAGAAAACAAUGUGUGGCCAAAACAAUUUGAUGAUGGCAAACAAGAGACAGAAAUGGACAAUGAUGAUAUAUUUGUAAAUACAAAUAGAAAGAAUGUGGUUAUGUAUACAAGUGAUAGUGACUCUAGUGAUGAUAGCAGUGGGAGUGACAGUGAACAAUAAAACUUAAUAUUUA